CCCCGCGAAGCGAAGCCCCCGACCCGAGAGCUCUCUGCAGAGCGAGCCCGCGCCCUCCCCUUCCCCUGCCCCUCUGCAGCCGCUCUCUGGCCCAGGUGUCCGCGCCGCGCCGCCCGCCCCCCCCGUGCUGUCCCGACCGCCGCUGCAAAGGGCGAUAUGUUCGCCGCCUGCCCGCAGCAGGCGGGCUCGGCGGUGCCUGCCGUCGUGGGCUGGCCCGUGGUCCAGGGGCCGAAAGCAGAGAGAACCACCACGACGCGAGGGGGCCUGGCGCAUCGUUGCCGCCGCCCACGAUCGGCGGCGCCGCAGCUGUGGCAGCCGCCCCCGGGCGCGCACGUCGCCGUGGCCCACCACGGCCUCGUGCAGCAGGUUGGCGUGCAGCACAUGGCGCAGCUGCUCGCCCCCCAGGACCCGUGCGCGGACAGGGUCCAGCAGUACGACCUCUCCGCGGCCCCAGUGCCGGCGCUAGCGGCCUCGGUGCCCCUGCCGUGGGCCAGCGCCCCGCAGGCUCUGCAGCAGGCCCCGCAGCCAAGCUGCCAGCCGGCCCCGCGGCCGCCCCCGCGGCAGGCGCAGCGGCAGGCCCCGGCCGAGGACCGCCGCGCCGUGGACAUGGCCGAGGUGCUGCGGGCCCUCGACAGCCUCUACCGUGACGAGCUGCGGCCCUACGGCCGCAUCCUCCGCAAGCGCCUGCAGGAGCGCGCGGCCGACGCGGGCCUCGGGCCGGUGAGCGUCGACGCUGGGAGGCUGCAGGCGGCCUGCCAGGGCUGCCCCGCACUCAGCGUGAAGGCGGAGGAGUCCACCGCCA